AUGUCUACACCACCCUCCAUGUCCUGUCCUUCAGGAGGCACCUUCUACGCCUGCCUCAAUGACAGCAAGUUCGUCGGUUGCUGUGCCUCGAAUGCUUGCGGCAGUACUGGUUGUCCAGCGGAAAAUCUUUACGCAGCAUCUUUCGAAUCCUCUCAAUACGGACAAUACUCAGAUCAGGAAUGCGACGCAGGACAGUUCUGGACACGCCGAGACACAACACCACCAUUCUGGGGCUGCUUCCCACUUCACCAAGCAAGAGAAUUACAGCAACCACACGAGAGCAGAGAAAAGACGACCAAGCAGGAGCCUACAACUCCACCGAGUUAUGCCACGAAUGAAAGAGAGAGGCAACGGCCGGCGAGUGAGCUGCCAGGUUCUACUGCUGAAUGCGAGAUGGAAAGUGGACAGAGUGUGAAACGUGGAGAAGUGGAGAGAGUGGAGGAUAUUGGUAUCUGGGGUAAACUCAAGGGGUCGGAAAUGAAGAUUAAGAAGCAGUAG